AUGUCGAAAAUUCAGCUACUCCAAGCCAGCGUCGACGCAGAUGGCCCAAGCGAAUUCCGUCUCCUCAUCGAUGAUAAAUUCAUCAAAUACCUCAACAUCGAUCCCGGCAUCUACUCCGUCGACGACAUGUGCUUUGAGCCUUCACUAGUCGCCAUGCUACCGCCCCUACCGACCAGCGACUGGAACAAAGGCCACCUAUCCCGUAGUGUCGAAGCUGGGGACGCAGUCUGUCUUCAUGUCAUCAAAGACAAAAUGCCCUCGAUUACAAACACCUGGCAUACACGUUGCAUCGACUACCUCGACCUCUCUCUUGGGCGUAAACUCCGCUCCAACGUCUAUGAAACUACGUGUCCUCAGUUUGAUGUUCCAGUCGUGGCCAAAUUUGCGCGCUUCGCAUGGGAAGUUGCGCAGUGCGAUGCCGAAACGCGCGCGUAUCAGUGGAUCAAUGGUCACGGCAUUGGCCCCGUAUUUCUCGCGCACUUAAGCGAGCAUGGCCGUAUUAUCGGGUUCCUGAUAGAGAAGGUUCCUGGCGCUCAGCAUGCAGCGCCAGAACACCUUUCAUUAUGUCGACAGACAUUGGCGCGCUUGCAUCAGCUUUGUAUUAUCCAUGGAGAUGUUAACAAAUACAAUUUUCUCGUUCAUAACGGUAAGGCUACAUUGAUCGACUUCGAUCAUACGCAGCGGUGCGAGGAUGCAGAUAUGCUUGAAAACGAGCUUAAAUCGCUCGAAGAGAAGCUGAAUGAAUCUUCUGGUAGAGGAGGCAUAUUGGUAGGAAGAGGUGCCAUCUGA